UCGAAUGAACGGUUUAUUGUGUCUGUAAAUUUAUUUUGCUGUUUUUCCCGGACAAGAUCGCGCGAUCUUUGAUAUAAAGUGAGGCGAGGAUUAUUGAUAAGUGUUGUCGUUGCUGCGUCGUCGGGUUUUAUGCCUCUAGUUGCAGACAAGGGAGACUUAACUAGGUUUUAAACAACAUUAUUCAAAAAUGAAGGUGAAGGAAAUUGCCAGAACUGCAAAUAUUGCAUGGAGACCUGCAUCCCAUCAUCCAAUAUAUCUUGCAGCAGGAACUGCAGCACAGCAACUAGAUGCCACAAUUAGCACCACAGCAGCCUUGGAGCCUUUUGCUCUUGAUCUUACAAGCGGUGACAGAGAAAUGCCUGUGAAAGGCAAACUUUCUUCUGAGCACAGGUUCAAUAAAUUAGUCUGGGGUACAUAUGGUAUGGAGAAAGAAGAAACACCCAACGGGAUAUUGGUUGGUGGAACCGACAGUGGUGAUUUGGUUAUGUGGAAUCCUUUGAAAAUACUGAAUGGAGAGACAGAAGAUGCGGUUUUGUUUCAAAGUGAUAAACAUACAGGUGCUGUGCAAGCGCUGGAUCUCAAUCCAUUUCAACCAAACCUCAUUGCCUCAGGUGCUUGUGAUUCUGAAAUCUACGUGUGGGACCUUAAAUCCCCAGACAAUCCCCACUCACCUGGAGCUAAAUCACUCCCCCCUGAUAAUAUAAGUUGUCUGGGAUGGAACAGACAAGUUACGCAUAUCCUUGCGUCAACAUCACCCUGCGGACGCUGUGUAGUGUGGGACCUGAGGAAAAACGAGCCCAUUAUUAAAGUCAGCGACCAAGAAGGAUCCAUGGCUCGUUUGAAAGCUAUAGAAUGGCAUCCAGAAGUGGCAACACAUCGCUUCUGAAGACGAUAGAUGUCCUGUCAUUCAGCACAUAUAAAGGUCACGAAAAAAACGGAAAAUAACGCCCGAGUGUAUGAUAGAAAGCACGCGUUUACCUACUGCGGCCAGCUAUGUGCGAAGAUUGCAAGACAUCUUGUCACAAAACACAAGAUGGAAGAAGAAGUGAUGUCUGCCUUAGCACAUAAGAAGAAAUCAUCGGAACGAAGAACAAUAUUAGACAAGCUUCUCCAGGGUGAUUAUCACCACAAUAUGAAUACCUUGGAGACGGGUGAAGAAGAGCUAAUAAUAGUGCGAAGACCUGGGGAAGACGGGAAGUACCGCAUUGAGGACUUUUUACCCUGCGAGUUUUGUUUGGGGUUUUUCCGUAGCCUCAAUAUGGUUGAAACAAGAGGGAAACGAGGUCGCAAAGUUCCCAUCAUUCACCUUCUCAACUCGUUGCGAUCUAAAGUUGGAAUAAACGAGGAGAAUGGGUAUGUCUUUGCUCGGGUAAACAGAGAUUCCUUGGAACCACUAAGAGGAUGGGACUGCCUGAGGUACUGUGCUACGGAAUGUCAGCCCAAGUUAAAGAAUCCCGACGCCAUAACCAGUACAAAACUGCGAAAAUACAUCUUGACCAUCACGCAGGUUCUUUCUCUGGAAGAAAAGAAACUAGAUUGGCUAGCAAAGCACCUCGGGCACGACAUCCGUACUCAUCGAGAGUAUUAUCGGCUUCACGGAUCAACGAUUGAGAUUGCGAAAAUCAGCAAACUUCUGCUAGCUGUGGAUAGUGGAAGGGCAUGUUCAUUGAAAGGCAAAUCUCUAGAGGAAAUAACACUCGAAGAUAUAUCCGAGCCAGAACUGAGUGAAGAUGAGAAAGGUGAUUGCGAGGAAACUAAUAGUGACGAAGUACUGUACAUGCUGAAAAACCACAAACUUCUGCGACGCUACACCACAGGGGGUCAGUUGCAAAGACUGGUGCUGAGUAUAUUAUAUUGAGAUUGCUAGAGAGAUGACAGGGUCAGAGGGGCUCAAUUCAACGUAUUCUUAUCCCAACUUAUUCAGCAUCCAAAUCAAAGAAACCAAGGUUUCUUGACAAGGCUGACGAUGAGUGGCUACCCGGACAAUCUUACAAGGCACAUGGUUCAAAAGUACGCAGUGGUUCAGCAGCAAAAUCUAAAUGUAAACAAGUAGAUCUAACGUGGUCAAAGGAGGAAAAGAAGUGUGUAUUAGACCACUUGGGCCAUCUUAUUCGACAAGGAAGGGUGCCGAAUAAGAAAGAAAGUUGUGACUGUAUCCUAAAAGGAAAGGACGUCCUGAAAGAUCGCGAUUGUAAAAGUGUGAAGUAUUGGAUUAAAAAUCAGAUAACGAAAAGAAAAAACACAAAGAGUUAAGUCACAAGCUAAAGUAAUGAUCUGUGUUUAGUCACCACCUUUUACACCUUGAAUUACACGUUUUAAUAAUUCCUUGCAUUACGUCAUUGCAAACAACCAAUUGGCACAAAAUUAUUUAAUUAUCAAAUCAUGAAUUAAGUUAUCGUGACAAUCAAUCGAAUGUUACGAUAAUCGAUUAAACAUUAUGAAUUAAAAUUUGAAGCAGGUACAGAAUCAAUUCCCUAAAACGUUCGUCUGUUAUUUCAUAACAACGCACAGCCGCCUACAAGAUGACAUUAUGCGGUUCUGCUUUUAUUCAAUAUCAUACAAGUAAUAUGGGAUACUAAAUAGAUUUCCUUGUGACAGCAUCAGCAGAAAUUCAAGACAUUAAUUACCACAAUGCCAGGAUUUCGCAAUCAAAGAUGGUUCCCUUGUUAUAAUAGAAUUAUAUAAGCACGGCAUCUUAUCUUUAACAGAUUCCUCAGUAAUGUCAUUUUAGCAACUUGCUAACCAUCAUAUUGCUGGAGCUAACUGCAAUAUGUAAGAUAAAAAUUGCUUUAAUUUCAAAUUUUAUCUCGUGCCUUAUAUAACUCUUUUAUAACGAGUUAGGUAUCUUUGAUUACGAAAUCCUGGCAUUAUGAUAAUCAAUGUCUUGAAUUUCUGAUGGAAAUUUGACAAGUUCUCGCUACAAAGCAUGCAAAAUUGUCAAUUGCCGAAAUAGUAAAAGCCAAAUUGGUCAAGAUGGGGAGGAAUAUUGACAGCUAGGUGCACACAAAAUUUGAACCCUUUUGUGACAAGGGUGGGGCACUUUUGCCCAAUUUUAGUAUUUAAACGAACAUAAAUUAUCUGGGAAGGAACACUUUCACCAAGUGUUUGCUAGAGCUAGAUAGCGAUGUAUCUGAGGUAAUGUGUAUAAGAAUGUAGUUUGAGCCGUUACUUCAAUUCCUAUAACUUUUGUGAUCGCGUAACUAUUAAGAGUGUCAUUCAUUAAUUUGCAUGUUUUGCCACGUCAAAAACGAAGAGAUCGAAACAAUCAUGCAGAUAUAUGUAAAUAACACUAUCUUAGCGCUCUCCAACCGAUUUCUGGGUAUUUUUUAGAGUUGCUGCAAUUUUCGUAAUAGGAUGAAACAUGUCAAUGUCACUUUAAUUAAUCAUGACAAACUACAUGCUUUAGUUAUCUUAAAUAUCAAAAUUAUAAUGUAAUUCGAUAAUUUCGAUAAUUCGAUAAUUACUUCCUGCGUACAAUUUUGGUUUGAAAUUAAUCUAGUCAAUUGUUAAUGAACAAACAUAGCAAUAAGUGUUAUUAUUUUUUACAAAGUUCCAUAGCUAGUUGCACACUGGCAAUAAUAAGGAUUUGUAAUAACUUAAAAUGGCUUUGCCUUUAGAAUUACUUCAAAAAUCACUACAUGGUUAUUUUGUAAAUCCGGCAUUCUGAUUUUAGCUAUAUUUAAAGCACUGUUAUCACAUCGACUACCCCAAUUUGCACGGAAAAUACAAAAUGUACAUGCUGCCGGACUUAUUCUUUUUCAGAAAAAAUUAAAUUCGAUCCCAAAGUCAGUAGAAAUGUUUUUACUAAUAUA